AUGGCCGCCGUCAUCCAUCGUUCCCGCCGCGAUGCGUCCGACUUACUCAAGGAUUGGAACAUGGCAGGUAUUGCCGAACAGCAUCACGGAACGUGCUCACGCCGAUCGCCCCAGACUCUCAUCAUGGCGGCCCCACAGGCUCAAGCACAGCAACAUGAGCAGGCGGUCAAUGUGCAUGUCGCCCAGCGUCACCACAUGGGCGGCCAGCAGGGUCGUCCGAUCAUGCUCCACGCCAACAUGUACCCGAUCAAGCUUGACGGCAAGGGCCAGGGGACUGUGCGCCAAUACACCGUGACCAUCUUCCCAGCACGUCCUCCGCCCCCUGGGGGAACCCCCAGGCGCGGCGGACCCAAGUCCAGCAGCGAGGCGAUCAAGCUCGUGCAUGCACUGCUUUGUCAGCGUAUCCUCAAUGUGGGAUUGCAGAACACCGUUCGAACAGGUCAGCACAGCCUGCCGCAGGCACCUAUCCAAAGCAUCGCGUACGAUGGCCGCAAAGCAGCGUACUCUACAAAGACCCUACCCUUGGAAGACUUCGCCAUGGCUGUUGAGCUUGUCCACAGCAGCGACAAGGACAACGUUUGA